UAGUAAAGUUGGACGUACUUUUUAUUAAUCGAUUACUUUGACACAAAUAAUUGAGCUCUUUCUUCUGUGCAUACACACCUCACAGUCCUCACUAUGGCAUCAUUAUCCAUUCAUCAAACAGUUCGUACAAAUUAAACAUUCAGAAACUAUCAUGAUAUCUUCAGUCACGAAUACAGAAAUCAUCUCCUUGUAUACAUUAAUUCUGGUGUGUUGUUGUUGCUACUGUAUUUCAGCUAAAGACAACAUAACGACUGGGGAAUUUAUCAAUGAUGGUCCUAAUUACUUAGAAUCUCCUGGGAAGAAGUUUCAAAUGGGCUUCUUUCCACAUGGAAAAACAGCAGAAGUAAGAAGAUAUGUGGGGAUAUGGUAUACGAUGGAUCCAAAGACUGUUGUGUGGGUUGCUAACCGUGAUAAACCAGUGCUGGAUUCCACUGGAAUUCUUACCGUUUCAGAAGACGGUAGCGCUAAGCUGUUAAAUGGAAAACAAGAUGUAUACUUCUCUACAGACCCGGCAGAUGGAGCUUCUUCAACUGCACUGAAGUUGUUGGAUAACGGAAAUGCCGUAUUAAUAAAUGUUGUAACAGGAAGCAUACUAUGGCAGAGCUUUCGAACUCCAACAGAUACUUUUCUUCCUGGAAUGAAAAUGGUCGAUAACUUAAAGUUGACAUCAUGGAAAAGUCCAGAAGACCCAGGGUCUGGAAGCUUCGAGUUCCAGCAAGAUCCUGGUACAAACCGAUACUUCAUUUUGGAGGAAUCAACCACACUUCGAUGGAAAAGUGGGAACAUGUCGACGAAAAGUUUUGAUAAGAAUCAAAUUUUCUCUCAGGCAUUCCUGUUGCUGUCAAACACUACCACACAAACACGAAAGAUCAUUCGGUGUUACACGUAUUCUUCCUGCAGAGAGGGUGGCAGAAUAGAAUAUAACGAAAGUUAUCAGAGCCCAAAGAUAACUGUAGCGUGUAUAAAGUGUGUGGCUCAUUUGGGAUUUGCAGCGAAAAUAAGGAGUCAGUCAUGUGUAGUUGCUUACCUGGAUUUGAACCUACUAAUUCACCCGAUGAUUAUAGUGCUGGAUGCAAGAGAACGUCUGAAAUCUGUCGCCCAGGAACUAAUGACAGAUUCUUGA